AUGGGGUUAUACGAUGACCUUGAAUCCCGGAUGCUGUUUGAGAACCAGCGCGCCAUCGAGGAGCUGCAGAAAACCACCCUCGACCUCAGUACCCGCAUAGAUGCCGUCACCGCUCCAAAGGGCAAAAAGAACUCCCCCGCCCUCUACCCAGAGCGCCUCAUGACCACCGCCAGGUUCCAGGACGUGCUCAAUUUGGUCAUAGGUCGGGCCGGUGAGCCUGCUUUGAUUGGCGACGCGACUGCUAAAUUUGCCCUCGAGAUCUUGCAGGACAUCUUGCAGGAAAACUUCAAGCCAGGACCACUGGCUCGGUAUGAGAGGCCGAUGCUCGUUAGGGUCAUUGGGCGGUUCGAGGCUGCGAGGGAUUUCUAUGCUGCGGAGGCCGAUGAGACGAUCUCGGUGAAGAACCAGGCUUUCCGAGCAGCCGUUUUUGGGUCGUGUGCCAAGGAACUUCGUACUCUGCUGCAAGGCUGA